CGCACGCCGGUGACGGCGGGUUGCUUUGAAGCUGUUAGCGUUUAGCAGCGGAGAUGCAGAGACCGGUGUCCAGUUUGCCUCUGAGCCAGGCUGUGAGGCUGAAACUGGGUAGUGCUGGUUUCCAGCUCACCGCGGACCUAUUGGACUUCAAACCGGACAAGCUUAGCAAAGAGACCGGCCUGAGCGAAGAGGAGGCUGUGGAGGUGCUGAAGGCUGUGAAAGGUGGAGGAGGAGGAGGCGGAAGUGGUGACAUCUCAGCAUCUCUGACCGCUCUGGAGCUCCUGCAGAAGGAGGAGGAGUUAAGGAGCAUCGUGACAUUCUCCUCUCAGCUAGACGAAUGUCUCGGAGGAGGAAUCCCUGUCGGGAAAAUAACGGAAGUCUGUGGAGUUCCAGGAAUUGGAAAAACGCAGCUGUGUCUGCAGCUGGCGGUGGAUGUUCAGGUUCCUCAGUGCUUCGGGGGGGUCGAAGGUCAGGUGAUGUUUAUUGACACAGUGGGCAGCUUCCUGCUUCAGAGGGUCACCGACAUCGCAGCAGCCGCUGUUAGACACUGCUCCUUAUUGGCUGAGGACGAUGAGCAACGAGCCGCCAUGGAGACCUUCACCGUGGAGACCAUCCUGUCCAACAUCUUCUUGGUGCGUUGCCAUGACUAUGUGGAGCUGCUAGCUGAGCUCCAUCUACUUCCUGACUUCCUGUCCCAGCAUCCAAAGAUCCGCCUCCUGGUGAUCGACAGUGUGGCAUUUCCUUUCCGCCUGCUCUUUGACGAGCUUUCACAAAGGACACGCCUCCUUAAUGGCGUCGGCCAGCAGCUAAUCACCAUGGCAAUAAACCAUAACAUUGCAGUGGUAAUCACCAACCAGAUGACGACCCGGAUCCGGGACGGCCAAUCGCACAUUGUCCCUGCCCUUGGGGAGUGUUGGGGCCACGCCCCUACAAUCAGGCUCCUCCUACAGUGGGAAGGGUCGCGGCGUCUGGCGACCAUCUUUAAGUCUCCAUGUCACGUGGAAACCAUGGUGCAAUACCAGAUCACCCCCGAAGGCUUCAGAGAUGCUGAUCAAUCAGAAAUGGCGCACAGCAAACGGCCUCGAAUGGACACUGACCAAUCAGCUGCUGAGCCAAAAGACACAAGCAGCUGAUUGGUUGGAAACUGUCCAGUAAGAAGAGGCUGAUUGAGCAUUUGUCUUGUGUGGAUUUAAUGACACUGCUGUGUUCACACAGGAGGUUCCUGUUUAAAUAAAGUUCAGUUUGAGUCCAGCAGGUGGAGACACAGAACUGGUUAUCAGUCAGUGGCUCCUCCUGUCUGCGCUGUUCAUCCCUGACUUUCCCGAGCAGAUGCUGAAUACUUCUGCGUUUAGAGAAGCUGCUCUGCAGAAGAGCAGGGGUCAGAGGUUAGAGGGUGGCCCUCUUGCUUGCAGAUUCUUCAUAUUUAGAUAUGUCGAUAUUUAUAGAGGGAGAUUAGCACUACAGACACAUCUGGAUUCAUUUAGUUUAUUAAAACAUUGUUUCUGUUGUUUCUACUGUCUUACCCUCAGGUGCAACACACAUUACUGUUGUGUUCAAGCUUUUCUUCUGCUGGAAAUAGGCAGAAACACUGGCUCGUUUCCAGUCCACCUUCUCAGUCCAUGAUGAGUGUGAUUCUGUUUAGAGUGCCUAAGGGUCGCUUAAUUAAGGGGUGGGGUAGAAAUACAGCGGCGAGCUUAGGGAUGUCCUCGCUUUUCACUGAUGGAAAACAGGAGGAUUGAUGUGUUAAAGCUUCUUACUGACUGAUGACUAUAAGCAUCAAGCCACAAUGGAGAGCUUCAUGACUGCUUGUAGAAAUCGUGUCUGGAAUUUUCACCUGUUGAGUUUAAAUUUCAUUUAGGUCAAGUCAAAGUCAAAAAAACGUUAUUUAUCCCUGAGGGGCAAUUAAGAUAAAGUUUUUUGACAUAAAAUGGAUUUAUUCUUUUCUUUUAUUAUUGUGACAACAACAAAUAAAAUAGUGAACUUCACUGAUGAAGCACCUUUCAGAUCCAGCCAUUUUUGGCCAGAAAUGUUAUGGCCAGGGUCGCCACCAAGGGGGGCCAGGGAGGCCACUGGCCACCCCUCAAAAUUUACAAGACUGUCCAGUGUUGGUUAUUAUUUUAAACAUGAGCACAAGAGACAGGAAGACACUUCACAGUGAGUUGAAAUAUUGUGUAUCAUUUUGAAUUAACUGUAUACAAUUCUUUUGUCAUGCCUUCACGAUUUCCCGUCGUCCCUUCCUUCGUUGCAUCCCUGCACUGUUCUGUUUUUGGUGCGCCAUCUCAAUAUUUUUAGUGGCCCCCAUAUGAAAAAAAUUCUGGAGGCACUCGUGGUUAUGGCUUCAAAAUCCAGACGCUAACAGCAAUGCCCGGUGUCCAUCUUUUAUAUACAGUCUGUUUUUCUCAUGGGAGAGUCCACACACAAAGCCUGUUGGGGUUACUUCAGGUAGGACAUCUGACAUAAAUACAAAUCUAGCAAAUUAAAACAUGUCGAGCUGCCUGCUGUGCUGUAGUGAAUAAGGGAGCAGCUGAAAAAAGCUUCUUCAGUGUGUGGAUUUUCCACACAGAAGUAAGGAGAGAAAGGGCAACUAAUAAAUAAACACCAUCUCCCAUGAUGCACUUCUGCUGACAUGAUUGGCAGCUGCAGAAAUAAACUGA